GCAUAGUAUCAGCUUGAUUAAAAAAUGUGGAAAACAAAUUAAAGUACGGCUGCUACUAAGGAAAUGCAUAAAAAGAAAACCAAUCACUUAUCAUUUAUUAUACUGUUUUCUAGGAGGAACUUCCUUUCGAAAGCAACGACAACAUACUUAUAGUUUUAAGCUAAUCAGUUGCAAUGGGUUUCCAACUUCCUUUGAUUUUGUUGGUCACGGCUGGUGUUGUUCUUACCCGUUAUGCAGAUAAGAUACCACGAUGCAGAUAUCCGUGUGUAUGGAGGAAUAAACCACUAUUGGAUGAGUCGGAUAGUGUAUGGUUUAUCAAUACGCCUUCCAUUGGUUAUUACACAAACUUAUCUAGACCAAUAGGAGAUCAGACGUCACCCAGUGAAUGUAUUAUGAGACAUGGGCCUUUCUUUCUAACAAGAGAGUAUGGAAAGUUCGCAUGCUUCAAAUCUCUGACAAUAUCGGAUACCGAGUGGUACUACUUCCUCAGCAAAGAAAGCGACACUCUGAAGUCUUUUUGUGAGCUUUGUGAUGGUUCAAAAUUUGAAGGGCCAUUUCAUUCUUCAGGUAAGAAAUUACGAUAUCAUAAUUAUUUUUUUUGGGGCUCUGAAACUUAUUUAUUGAUAAUUACUGCUAAGAUAUUAUAA